AAACGCAGAAUUAAGGGCAUUUUUGUCAUAAAAAAAUAUUCUUCCUCCUUAAUAGAAACUCGAAUGUGCGAAAAUCCAAAGCUAAGAAAAACUCAGAACGGGAAAGCUCUCUCUGUGUCUCCAGUUCCGCUCCGCUCCCUUCUCAAUUCUCUCUGGUUCAGCCAUGAAAGCACCUUGAAAAAAACCCUGCAAAACCCCCUCACAUUCUCUCAAUUCACCCCGCUCGCAUUCCUUUCCUUGUUCUUUGCUGGAGAAAUGGGCUCUCUCGUGCCGUUUCAAGACUUGAAUCUGUCGCCGGAAGUCCCCCAAACCGCCGCUUCCUCUUCCGCCGCUGCUCUCUUGAUCCCCAAGAUCGAGCCGAAACAAGAACCCUUUGAUGAGCUGCCCCCAAUUAAACCAGAGCCUUGUCAGGGGUACUCUGAUUUUGAGUCUUCCAAUUCUACCCUUAGGUUCCUCAGUAAUUCUCAACUCACCUCUCUUCCUCAAUCCUCCACCUCCGACUUGGACCAGGAUAUGCUGUACUCGGAAUUCUUUCGAAUCUCCGAGCUUUUCCGGUCCGCUUUUGCUAAUAGUUUGGAGAAGUAUGAUGGCGACGUUCAGGUUCCUGACCCGCAUUCUCGCGCCAUUGUGCCAGUGGCUGAACAGGAGGAAAACAGGGACCUCUCCGUUGUACUUUCGCGCCGCCGAUUUCAGAGAUCCGCGGAGCUCGUUCGGGUCACCAAUUUGGGAAUCGAGGACAUCCGACAUUUCCGGGACGAUGUGCGUAAGACUCGGAGGGUUUACGAUUCACUCCGCAUUCUCGCUACGUUGGAGGAGGAGAGGCGGGCACCUGGCAGUGGAAGACGGGCACGCGGUGAUUUGAGGGCGGCUGCUUUGAUGAAGGAUCGAGGGAUGUGGCUAAAUCGUGACAAAAGGAUUGUAGGUUCAAUUCCUGGAUUGGAAGUUGGGGACGUGUUCUUUUUCAGAAUGGAGUUAUGCGUGCUUGGAUUACAUGGACAUCCUCAGGCUGGGAUUGACUAUCUUACGGCUAGCCAGAGCUCGAAUGGAGAGCCAAUUGCAACUAGCAUUAUUGUUUCAGGUGGCUAUGAGGAUGAUCAAGAUGCAGGCGACCUGAUUAUCUAUACGGGUCAGGGGGGACAGGACAAGUUUUCUAGGCAAUGCAUGCACCAAAAGCUGGAAGGGGGAAAUCUUGCGUUGGAGAGGAGCAUGCAGUACGGAAUUGAGGUAAGGGUGAUUAGGGGAAUUAAGUAUGAAAAUGGUGUCAGUAGCAAGCUUUAUGUUUAUGAUGGCUUGUAUAGGAUUCUUGAUUGUUGGUUUGAUAUCGGAAAGUCUGGUUUUGGGGUUUUUAAGUAUAAGCUGUUGAGAAUGGAGGGGCAACCAGAGAUGGGCAGUUCAGUUUUGAAGUUUGCUGAGACUCUCAGAAGAGGGCCUUUGACAGCUAGGCCAGUGGGAUAUCUGAGUCUUGAUAUAUCCAUGAAAAAGGAGAAUUUUCCUGUUUCCCUUUAUAACGACCUUGACAGUAAUCAUGAUCCAUUAUACUAUGAGUAUAUUGUGAGGACGGUGUUUCCUCCAUAUGUCUUUAGCCCGGAAGGUAAUGGCGCUGGAUGUAACUGUGAGUCAGGAUGUACUGAAGGAUGUUUUUGUGCCAUGAAGAAUGGUGGUGAGUUUGCUUAUGAUUAUAAUGGCCUUCUCUUGAGGGGAAAACCGGUAAUAUUUGAAUGUGGAACUUUCUGUCAGUGUCCCCCGACUUGCCGGAAUCGUGUUACUCAAAGAGGUUUGAGAAAUAGAUUGGAAGUGUUUAGGUCAAGGGAAACAGGUUGGGGAGUUAGGUCCUUGGACUUGAUGCAAGCUGGAUCUUUUAUAUGCGAGUAUGCAGGAGUUGUUCUAACCAGGGAGCAAGCAGAGGUUUUCUCAAUGGAUGGUGAUACUUUGGUUUAUCCAGGUCGCUUUUCUGGUAGAUGGAUAGAAUGGGGGGAUUUGUCUCAAGUAUUUCCUGAGUAUGUGCGUCCUUCGCUUCCCUCAAUUCCACCUUUGGAUUUUGCCAUGGAUGUAUCAAGAAUGAGGAAUGUUGCUUGUUAUAUGAGUCAUAGUUCUACUCCAAAUGUGCUGGUGCAGUUUGUCUUGUAUGAUCACAACAACUUGAUGUUCCCUCAUCUCAUGCUUUUUGCAACAGAGACUAUCCCUCCCCUGAAGGAGAUUAGCCUCGAUUAUGGUGUGGGCCGUGUGGUUGAUGAAGGCACUGGAAAGCUCUAUAUUUGUAACUAAUGAAUAAUCAUAAAGAGGUUUUUCUUAUCUGGACCAGUGAAGAUUGAUGGACACAGUGCUUGAGGUAGGAGGUGAUGCAUCUAUAAGAAUUUCUGAGAUGUACCAUGUUCUUUGGUCCUCAUCACCCUUCAUGAUAUUCCAAAUAACUUUGAAUUGUUACCUUGUGCCACAGCAUUUUUUCUUUUUAGCUCUUAUCAAAUAACUUUGACCUAUAUUACCUGCUGGCUGCCGCCACAUCUUGAUCUUUCUCUUGCCUACUCUUUUUUCUUUAAAGGUUCUUGAGGUAGUUAGGAAACUUCAGAAAAGCCAGGAAGGAGUCUUUGAUAACCUGUUUUCUGUGGACCUUGCUACACUUUUUGACUGACUACAUUUUUGUAAUCCUCUCCUAAAGUGUAGAAUGAAAAGCCGUAGUAAGCUCUAUUUUCGUUUGGACCUGCCACCAUGUUGCCUUGUAAGCUUGUACACGACUUUGAACUCACUUUGAACUCUUAACCCCUUUGUACAUAUGUCGGAAUUGUAAACCUGUUUCCUGUUUAUAAUGGGGCUGGAGAAUUUGCAGAGAUGCUGCACCACUCUACCAGAAACUGGGGGAUUUUAAUGCUGCUUGUACUCUCAACUAGAAUGAUAAUCCAUUCUGUUGAACUUAAGAGUAUUAAGGAAUUAGUCGCCUGAACCUAGAAAACUUUACCCUGGUAACAUGAAUUGCUAUUUAGUGUCAUUUUACAAUAUUAGUAAAAUGCUAAAAAUGUAAUAAAGGAUGUUAAAAUGACUGCAAAAGACACUCCCUUUUUGGGAAGGGAGGCUUUUUGGAAGUUAUGUCAGAGGAAGAAUUUGGUGUUUUGCAAUACAGAUUACACUAGAAU